UUUCUACUCGGCGACGCUGAAGUACAGUACUUACUAGUUCCGGAGGAUGAUGUCAUGAUGUCCAUGCUGCUGAGUUGAAUCCGAGAUUUUGCAGUUAAAUAGUUCCCUGACUUCUGAAAAAUGGGGAUUCUCGAAAAGAUAGCGGAAAUCGAGAGAGAAAUCUCGCGUACUCAGAAAAACAAAGCAACUGAGUACCAUCUUGGUUUACUGAAGGCCAAGCUAGCCAAGUACAGAGCCCAGCUGUUGGAACCCUCAAAAUCAGCUGGGUCCAAAGGAGAGGGGUUCGAUGUUAUGAAAUCUGGGGAUGCCAGGGUGGCGCUCAUUGGUUUUCCAUCUGUUGGUAAGUCCACGUUUCUCAGUUUGAUGACAUCGACUGAGAGUGAGGCAGCCUCCUAUGAAUUCACAACGUUGACAUGCAUCCCUGGAGUUAUUGAGUAUAAAGGUGCCAAUAUCCAACUUUUGGAUUUACCUGGAAUCAUUGAAGGUGCUGCCCAAGGAAAGGGCAGAGGGCGACAGGUGAUAGCUGUGGCCAGAACAGCAGACGUCGUCAUCAUGAUGCUGGACGCAACAAAGGGGGAUGUUCAGAGGGCACUUCUGGAAAAAGAGCUGGAAUCUGUCGGAAUCAGGCUCAAUCGGUCGAAACCAAACAUUUAUUUCAAGCCCAAGAAAGGUGGAGGACUUUCCUACAAUUCAACUGUCCCUCUCACCCAUUGCUCUGAGAAACUAGUACAACUCAUUCUGCAUGAAUACAAAAUCUUCAAUGCAGAGGUUUUGUUCAGGGAAGACAGCACACCAGACGAGUUCAUUGAUGUCAUCGUGGGGAACAGAGUCUACAUGCCUUGCUUAUAUGUGUACAACAAAGUAGAUCAAAUUUCCAUGGAGGAGGUUGACCGGUUGGCUCGGAGACCCCACAGUGUUGUCAUCAGCUGUGGGAUGAAACUGAACCUGGACUAUCUUCUGGAGAAGUUAUGGGAGUACCUGGCGCUGAUCUGCAUUUACACCAAGAAAAGAGGAGAACGACCAGAUUUCAAUGACGCAAUUAUCAUGCGGAGAGGAGCAAGUGUAGAACAUGUGUGUCACGCCAUCCACCGAACAUUAGCAAGCCAGUUCAAGUAUGCUCUGGUCUGGGGAACAAGUACUAAGUACAGUCCUCAGAGGGUUGGCCUUACCCAUAUAAUGGAGCACGAGGACGUGAUCCAGAUUGUGAAGAAAUGAAGCACGAUUGAAAUGGCACAAAAUAUCAGGCCAUUUGACUGUGGUCGUGCUUAGGAAGGCUGCAAAAGAGAAUGUCUCCAUUUCCAACCAAUGUACAGUGGAUUUUGCCAAAACAAAAAAUGUCUGAUUCUUAUUUUAUGCACACAAGAAAAAUCAGAUG